CUGGAUAACAAUCGAGUAAUGACAAUAGAAAUAGCUCACACUCCAUAGGACCAUCUUUCCCCUUCCUGAAGAACUCUUCUGAAAUCAGCAGCCUGGCAAUGGAGAGAUGGCCAGAGCCGGUUAGGGGAGAGCUUCACAUCUUUCAGAAGAUGGACAAAGAGCUUCAAGCUAGAGCCGGGUCCCCAGUGCUCGAGUACCAUGCUGCCUUGGUCACGGGAGACCUGAGCCGUCUUGAGCUGCUCAUGAACGAGUUCUUCCAGGAUGCCAAUGUGGUGUUCGAGAUCAAGAAGGAUGAGAUGGAGUGGCAGGUGAAAUCCCCAGCCACGUUUGGACUGUCAGGCCUCUGGACCCUGGAGUACAAGCGUGAGCUCACCACGCCUCUGUGCAUCGCUGCGGCCCGCGGCCACACGGCCUGCGUGCGCCACCUGCUCAGCCGCGGCGCGGACCCCGACGCCAGCCCCGGUGGCCAGGGAGCCCUGCACGAGGCCUGCCUGGGGGGCCACACGGCCUGCGCCCAGCUGCUGCUGCAGCACGGCGCCGACCCCGACCUGCUCAGCGCCGAGGGCCUGGCGCCCCUGCACCUCUGCCGAACCGCCGCCUCGCUCGGGGCGCGCCUCCUGCUGCGGCACGGCGCCGACGCGGGCGCGCUCGACUACGGCGGGGCCUCGCCGCUGGCCCGCGCGCUGCAGACCGCAGCCUUCGCCGCGGAGGCCGCGUCGCAGCGCACGGUGCAGGCGCUGCUCAACCACGGCUCCCCCAGCGUGUGGCCCGACGCCUUCCCCAAGGUGCUGAAGACCUGCGCGCCAGCCCCCAUGGUGAUCGAGACGCUUUUCAACUCCUACCCUCAGCUCCGCGUGUCCGAGUCCUGGCGGGAAGUGAUUCCGGAGGAAGUAUUUCAGAUGCACCAGGCCUUCUACCGGUCUUUGUUUGCUUUGGCCCACACCCCCCGCUGUCUGCAGCACCUGUGCCGUUGUGCCAUUCGGAAGUUACUUGGCAAGAAGUGUUUCCGCCUCGCGCCCCUGCUACCCCUCCCAAAGUGCCUGCAAAAUUACCUCCUUUUGGAGCCGGAAGGUGUUUUGUACUGAAAACCAGAGCGCUGGGACUGAGGCUCUGAUUCUCACUGCUGCCUUCCGUAGAGGCGGUGCGCUCAGGGGAGAGGAGGGGCAGACCCGGACGGCACCUGCCACGUCCCCUGGCGGACGCACGGACCUCACAGAUUCCCGGUCACUUUGGAACAGAACUGGCAAUAAAAGGCCUUUCUGCCUCUCAGGGUUGCUCGUGAGGGUCAAGGUUGUGAGUUCCACAGUACUGGCAUCAGAGAGUACUUUUCAACAGAAGUUGAACGAAAAGAUACACUUGUUUUCCCAAGGCUUGUGUCCUGCCUGCGGUGGGUUAACAGCCUCCAUGCUGCCCAUCAGACCAUCUGCCUCACAGGCACUGUCCCACCCCUCCUGGAGCCUGGCCGCCUGGAAGGGCUCUGUGCCCAACACGUGAGAGGGGUACGUACUGAGAGAGAACACCUGUUUCCGUAACAAGAGCACCUUUCUGGAGCCCCCUGGUGCUUCCCAGCACAUCACAGUCCCGAAGCCCCUAAGGGACAUUGGAGGGGCGGCGAGCCCAGCGUUCUGGUCCCAUGUGAGUCUUCUGACACUCUCGCCAAACCCCGAAUGAUUCAGCCGUGGCAACCUGCAGGAAGCCAGAUGCCAGGAACAGACACGGGUUGGUAGGGGUCGCCAUCAACCCAGCCUGGGCAUCACAUACACAGAGAGCUCCUCAAGGUGUCAGGACUGCAUAGGCCAUACCUUAUUUUCUGUAUUCUGGUGCUUUUGGUAUCUGGGACCUGGCUGACCCUGGAGGGACUGCCCCUUCCAGGGCUGGUCGAUUCCUGAGGACAGCCAACCGUUCACCCCAAGCACGCUUUUCAAGAGCAACCCCACCAAUCCAGAGCUCUCACCCCCACCCACCUCCUUUACUGGGCUGUCACACUCUGGGCUACAGUCCACCUGUCCUAACGGUCCCAGGGCCAGGUGCCAGACAGGUAGGGACAGCCCUUAUACCCCAGAGCCUGCUGAAAUGACUCCCACUAGCCGAUCCUAAGCCCGUCUGUCCCGCCUGGCCCUGUUCCUUCCAUGGAAACCACAAGAGAGGCUUUUGUCCACAUCCCUUCCCCCAACCUCCUGACCAACCCUGAGUGCUUCCCCACAUGCCCGCCCCAUGGCAUGCCGUGUCCCUUCUCUUGGGAAUGGUGAGUAACAAACGAUCUUUUCGAUGGUA